AUGCUACGUACAAGUUCAAGGUGUGCUCUAGUGGAGUCAGCAGUGUGGGCAGGCCAAUUUCUAUUUAAAACACCCGCUUUGCUCUCGUUCCUCAGUCCGUGGACAAACGCAGUGCGCGCGCCUGCAACGAAUACUGCAAAGAUGUCGAUAGUUCCCAUGAUGUUUCGUGAUUGGUGGGACGACUUCGAGAGGCCUUCCCGGCUGCUGGACCAGCAUUUUGGCAUGGGCCUGCGACGGGACGACUUGCUUUCCUCCUUAUCUACCUUGCCUUCCACUUCGCUAUUCAGGAAUUCCUACUUCAGACCUUGGAGAACGAGUCUGGCAAGACAGGAAUCUUCUUCAACUAUUAAUCUUACCAAGGAAAAGUUUGAGGUUAUCCUAGACGUCCAACAAUUCGCUCCUGAAGAGAUUACAGUGAAAGCAUCAAACAACUCGGUGCUGGUUGAAGGAAAGCACGAGGAGAAACAAGAUGAGCACGGAUUCAUUUCACGUCAAUUUACACGCAGAUAUAUCCUGCCAACCGGUUACGAAGUUGCUGACCUUGUGAGCACAUUAUCUUCUGAUGGAGUCCUUACCAUUACCGCUCCUAGGCGUCCACCUCCUCAAGCGGGAGAAAGGAUCGUCCCGAUCACAAAAACUGGGCCAGCGAAGCAACCCGAAGCCCCGAAACCCGAGCCUCCUAAAGAGCAAACGGUCCCAAUUGUCACCUCACCCUAAGAUAAAAGUUAUAGGCCGGACAGACUUACGCUGAGAAAUUCCGAGAACACCCGAGACUCGUAUGAUGUUUCUCGCCUUCUCAUUUCUUUAUAGUUCUUCUCGCCAAAAAGGCUCGGCGAGACUUCUCGGCUCUAGUCUGUAUCGCCGCCACAAACUAGUAAGGAGAUAUUAGUUUUCUGCUGACGAUUCAAUAAUGCGAUUUUCAAUAGGAUACAGAUCGGUUGUUCAAAAAUGAUAAUAGAUGGCGUUACUGUGAUUUAAUAUAUAUAUGGUUCUAUCAAAAACUUUUUUAAAUUUGAUAGUCAUCUUGUUACAUCUUUAAAUGUGUUAGCAGAAAGGUGAUAUUAAAACUAUCGAUACAUCACGAUCGAAGCAUAAAUAGCAUUUAUUUUAGCCUAUCGUUGGCCAACGAUGAGUGACGAUUCGAAAUGAACGAAUUAGGUUUAUUAAGAGAAAUGCAAAUUUAACACCGUUACUCAUGGUAAUUAUUUAAUGUAAUAUAAAAUAAAUAAACAUGUUUUUGUGACACUCCUUUUUUUGUUUAUUACCUUAUUGGAACCUAGAGGUAUAUCUAGAGUUGUUUCUGACUCAAACUUUUGAAUUGUUUGACAGAAAGACUUUUUUGGUGAAAGUAAAACGAAAACAAUACUUGAAAUUUUAAUCAGAAUGCUGCUUUCUA